UGAAUUGCUAUUUAAUUAUUUUAUGAACGAAUAAAGGUAAAGGUUGCCAUAAUAGUAAAUGUUAGACAGUAAUUGGAACGUUAAUACAUAAUGAUUCAAGCUAAAUCAAAAGCCAACGGAGCGAGUCAAUUCUGUAGCUCGUCUGUCACGGAAGACACGGCUUAGUCGCUGGACGAACAUGGACAUCAAAAUUCCAAUAACUAUUUGCUUUUUAAUGUACAUCGGAACAGCGCACGGUCUAACAUGCGAAGAAUAUCUAGAACUUCCCAUAGAAGAUAAUCUAUCUAUAUCGGACCUACAAUCAAUGCAACCGGAAGAUGUGGUGCAAUGUUUACUGCAACUAGGAAAGGAAAGGCUACCAUUAGCUGAAGCCGAGUUCAUUUGGAAGUCAAUUAUAAAGUUCUACGACGGCGUCGGGAACAUUCCAGACGAAGUGCUCGGUAUCCUUCAUUGGGUCACUAUCGCCAUAACACCAGAAGACUAUUCAAACAUGACGCUCAGCAACAUCGAUGUGAUACAAAACUUCGGUCUGAACUAUAAUUUAAACGAGGAACAGCUCUCUGCCCUCGCUACUCGAGUUCUCGAAGAUUUUGCUUCAAAAGCACCAGAGGAUUACACUUUCUACGACCUGUCUGCAAUCCGUCAAAUACUGUGCGCGUUUAAUAGGAGCGUCAUUGAAAGGAUCCAUCCUUCGUCGUACAGAGAAGCGUCCAUCAUGAUUGGCAAAUUAGAGAACUGCAACGCUGAAGCAAUGUCAGGGUUCGCCACGUUAGCUGUUCAGAAGCUAGCAUUCGGAGCACCAGAGAAAUGGGGCGAGAACGUAUUAAAAUUAGUUGGGAAAGUGGCUGACUUUGUACCCAAACAACUAAAUGUUAAACUUGGCCCUCAAGAAACCAAAACUGCCGGAACCACCGAUCUACAAUGAUCACCUAUACCUUACCUUAGUGCCCGAUUUGUUUCGCCUGAUUGUUCCAUCUUCGCUAAUAACUACAUCAGAUUGAUUUCGAUAAGGUUUUUAUAAAUUUUGAAACUUAUCGACACUCGGUCUCACGUUUACUUUUUAAGGUUAAAAUUUGAAGGUUUGAAGCUAACAUUAUGGCUAGCAUAGAGUAGCUCACUGGAUAUCCUUGGACUAGAACCGAUAGGCCGAAAGACGAUGAACGGACCUUAUGCAACCAAUUUACUUUUGAAAUACUUUUUGACCGUUGAACUCUUGAUCGCAAAGUCAUUGUAUCAAAGUCAAAUGAUUAUGUUCAACUAAAAUGUGUAUUAUUUUGUCAAUUAGUUCUGUUGCUAUAAUUUAACUUGUUAGACCACUAUUGUGAGUGAUACUUAUCGAAUUUACUGGAACGAUCCUUUUUUUACCGUUAAUCAAUCGCCCGAUUUAGUAACAUGGUCUUUUGUAAACAGGAUAUUUAGUCAACAACGAUACAUUCUAGUAUAAUUAUUAUUCGAUAGCAUAUGUUCCACGUAGUAACAAGGCCUUUUAGCUUUGUUGUUAUUAGUGUAGAAAUUGUUAAUAUUCUUUAGGAAAUAUUAUUAAUAUGUUAGAUAAUUUACACCGACCACUUUAAUGCGUGUUUGCAAAAUAAAUAGUACUUAAGUAUAAUAAAUGAUAUCCGUAGAUAA